AUGGCGGCCGGGCCGCCCGAGCGGCCGCGGGCCCCGGAGGAGGGGGGCGGCCCAUGCGUCUGCGGGGCGGUCAAGUACGUGUUCAGCCCCCGGCGGGCGGGGUGGGUGGCGACAAGUACGAACGUGCGGGUCCUGGCGCCGCACCGGGAAGCCGCCAGGGGCGGCAUGCGCGCCUGCUACGACGUGGAGGAGGUGGAGGAGGACGGCGGAAGGAUCCCGUGCGUUGCGAAGCUGUUCUUGCGGGACGUCUCCGACGUGGUCGAAAAGGACUACUUCGGCGAGGGCGAGGCGCAGUGCAUGUGCGAGGCGUUCGCCGAGAGCUUCAAUAAGGCCGCGUUCGCUGCCGGCACCGAGAGGCCCCACGUC